AUAGUGAGGGAACGCGUUUUCAAAUAUUUUGCUGGUCUAAACUCGUUUGCUUGGUGUCAGAACAUGGUUUGGAAAACACCCCUUUUGCCUAUUUGACAAUGUUUUCGCAAUUUGCUCUCUUUCGAUACCUUUGAAGAGUUAUUCAUUGGGAUUCAACUCUGUCUCUGUUCAAGUUCGGUUUUUUGAAGAAAAACUCUAUCUGGGUCGUGCUUUUUUGCCCCAGUUGACGUUUACACGCAACAAGAAUGAGCAAAAACUGGAAAUUCAGCUGCUUCAUGGAUCUUAAGGGAAUUCUGUGCCUUCUGACUUUGUGUUUGUUGUUUCAGAACUUUCAUUUGUGUUGCUCUUUGAAUGAAGAAGGUAAAGCUCUUCUGAAGUUGAAGAAGGGAAUAGAAAGUGACCCUUUUGAUGCUUUGUGGAAUUGGGUUGAUGAUGAAGUAGCAGCUAACCCCUGUAAUUGGUUUGGAGUUGAGUGCUCAGAUGGAAGAGUGGUGGUCUUGGAUUUGAAAGACCUUUGUCUUAGAGGAAAUCUGGCACCCGAGCUUGCGAACCUUGUUCACAUAAAGUCCAUAAUUUUGCGGAACAAUUCUUUUUAUGGAAUCAUCCCUGAAGGAAUUGCACAGUUGAAUGAAUUGGAGGUUUUGGAUUUGGGCUACAACAACUUCAGUGGACCACUACCUGCAGAUCUGGGGAACAAUAUUUCGCUAACAAUCCUUUUGCUGGACAACAAUGAUAAUCUUUGUGGUUUUUCUCAUGAAAUUAAUGAAUUGAAGAUACUUUCUGAAUAUCAAGUAGAUGAAAACCAACUAACUGGUGCAGAAAAAAUGUCAGCUUGCACAGGAAAAUCCUUCACGCGGCAUGUUGGCCAACAUGAAAAGGGUCUUCGAAGACUACUGCAAUUUCGUAUUCGUGAUCAUGAAAGUCCUUUUAAUCGUGCGGCUGAUUUUCCUGAUAGUCCUGCCCCAUCUCCUUCAGAUUCCCCACCUGCGUCACCACCAUUGAAUCAGAAUCCAGCUUUCCAUGAUCGAAAUCAUUCUGCUUCUCCUUCUCCCCAGGCUGAACCAGGCUCUGCACCACAAUCUAAAAGUACCUCAUCAAAGAACCAUCAUGUAGUUAUUUUGGGUGGAGUUGUAGGUGGUUCUGCAUUUCUUAUCAUUUCAAUCAUUGGCAUAUAUCUCUGUAAAACCAACAAGGUAGCUACCGUAAAACCUUGGGCCACGGGAUUAAGUGGACAGCUUCAGAAGGCAUUCGUAACAGGCGUGCCAAAACUAAAGAGAUCGGAGCUUGAAGCAGCAUGUGAAGAUUUUAGUAAUGUAAUUGGUACUUCAUCCAUUGGAACAGUGUACAAAGGGACUUUAUCUAGUGGUGUUGAAAUAGCUGUGGCCUCUGUUGCAGUGACUUCAUCCAGAGAUUGGUCAAAGACUUCAGAAGCCCAAUUUAGGAAGAAGAUUGACACAUUAUCAAAAGUGAACCACAAGAAUUUCGUAAAUCUUCUUGGAUAUUGUGAAGAAGAUGAGCCUUUCACCAGAAUGGUGGUUUUUGAAUACGCGCCAAACGGAACACUCUUUGAGCAUUUACACGUAAAAGAAGCUGAGCACUUGGAUUGGGGAACAAGACUUAGAGUUGCCAUGGGCACGGCUUAUUGCCUACAACAUAUGCACCAGUUGGACCCUCCUGUGGCCCAUAGUAACCUGAAUUCUUCAGCAAUUCAACUCACUGAUGAUUAUGCCGCCAAAAUCUCAGAUUUGGGUUUCCUAAAUGAUAUAGCUUCAGCUGAGAAAAAAGUUACUGCUAGAAACCACACUGACAUGACAUUAGCAAGUAACAUUUACAGCUUUGGUGUUAUAUUAUUUGAAAUGGUAACAGGCAGGCUCCCUUAUUCAGUGGAUAAUGAUGGUUCACUUGAUGACUGGGCUGCACACUAUUUACAAGGGGACCAUCCCCUCAUACAAAUGGUGGAUCCAACUCUAGCAUCCUUCCAAGAAGAACAACUAAACCAAGUUGCUGCUUUGAUUAAAUCUUGUGUCCAUCAUGAUCAAAACCAGAGACCAACAAUGAAAGAAGUUUGUGUGAGAUUAAGAGAGAUAACAACAAUAACACCUGAUGCCGCUGUUCCUAAACUUUCUCCACUAUGGUGGGCAGAGCUUGAGAUUUCUUCGGUAGAUGCAAGCUGAAACCGGUAAAUCAGAUUGUAAGUAUGGAGUUGUUACCAUUCUCAUCCUUUUUCUAUCGGUGAUGACAUAAAAAAGUAUUCACCUGUAGAUUGAUACAUCUUGUGUCUAUUGUAGGAGAGUGCCAAAUCACAUGUACAUAAGGGAGAUAAAGAAAAAUGUGAUUUUUUCUUUCUUUUUUUGGGUGCAUGGUUCAAUUAUGGUUUAUUAAAUUGCAUCAAGAAAAAAGGUUCAUUCAUAUACAAGUUAAUUUCAUUUGCUCAGUUUAUUUGGUGAAUUAAAAACUUUUUUAAAUUAUAUUUCUUACCCAUU